AUGCACUUAAAUUUUUGUGUGAAGACAUUAGUACCUUCAACCACACAAAGUAGGCCUGCUUCUUUGGAAAAUGUAGAGAAAAUAGCAAGACAGCUUGGUUUUGAGAAUGAUAAGGCUAGAAGAAAGGCACUUUAG